ACAAAUAAAAAAAAAACACGGCCGAAAACGACGGCCAUUAGCAGCUAUAACAGGCGAAUCGAUCCGGUUGAGUAAUUUUUUGGUGAUUGUAUAUACAGAUAUGCGGUUUGCUUGGAGCGUUUUCGGUGAUCAUAAAAACAAUCGCCGGUGGUCCAAGCGCAGCAGUAUUCCUCUUUAAUUUUUCCAAUUUUUGUGGUGAAAUCAGCGUUACUGGAGGUAUCAGAAAUGUCGCUCGCCGUUCAACUUAUACUGCUGUCCGUCGUUUGCGCUGCUGUGGUUAGUGCCAAGCCUCCCAAGUCGGACUGCUUUUCGUUCGAGACGAUUCGAGGAAAAGACGGCAAGUCCUUCCAAGGGGAAAAGAACGUUGGGAAGUGCACGUGCAAGCAGGCUCGUGAUCAGGCCUUAUCCCAGCACAUCGCCGAUAAAUGGGUGCCGGCUUGUGACGACACCGGGAAAUUCCAGGCUAAACAGCAGGACAUGGUGGGAGCUUUCUGUCUGGAUGUCAAUACCGGAAACCAGGUCGCUGAGAAAAUUAUCACCCGUCAGCAGUGGAAGGUCAAAUGUCCAUAGACGCAUGUUGCUGCUAUGACUGCAUCAUCAGUCUGCAUGUAACAUAAAUCAGUGUACCGUACAACUUUUGCAAGAAAUUGACAUCCCAAAAUAUUAUGUUGUUGCCAUUCAAUGCUAAUGAUGCAUUAACACAGUGCACGUUUAAAAAAAUGCCAACCUUUACGAACGAUCCGGUAAAUAAAAGCAAUGCAACAUCUG